AUGGAGGCCCCUAAUCAGGCAAGCUUCGACAAGCUUGCUACUGCAAUUGCAAGCAUACACUUCCAGUCACCACCUGAAGAUGUCCUCCCCUCUGCAGCUACGUUGAGCAGUGCCCGCUCCAAGCUCCAGACUCAUCUCCCCACUCAGGGUAUCGGUCUUGAAGAAAGCAUACGACACGUGCAAGAAGAUCUCGCCCCGGCCUUCAACGCCUCUUCUCGCUCCCCAAACUAUUACGGCUUCGUGACUGGUGGUACCACUCCAGCAGCAGCUCUUGCCGAUAAUCUAGUGACAGCCUACGACCAAAAUGUACAAGUUCACUUGCCAAACGAGACGAUUGCUACAGACCUGGAGGAUCGGGCCCUCUCAUUACUCUGCGAGCUUUUGAACUUUGACGCGGCGCAAUGGCCGCAUCGCAUCUUCACUACGGGCGCAACGGCGGCCAACGUGCUAGGUCUGGCUUGCGGCAGAGAGUUUGUGAUUGCUGAAGCGUCAGCGCACCGCACAGAUGCGGAGAAUAGUAUUGGCGAAGUCGGCAUCGUGGAGGCGAUGCGCAAAGCUGGUGUCGACGAGAUUCAGAUCUUGACCACCGUUCCACAUUCGUCGCUGGCUAAAGCGGCGGGAAUUCUGGGCCUCGGACGCACGAGUGUCAAAUGUCUGGGCCGAUCAGAUGCGCCACACAAAUUCGACAUUCAGCUGCUCAAGAAGUCUCUCGAACGGCCACACGCCGCGUCAAUCGUUGCCAUCUCUGCAUCGGAAGUCAACACAGGUGCCUUUGCGACCUCGAGUUUGGAAGAGAUGCAAGAUAUUCGGAAGCUAUGCGAUAUGUACGGUGCAUGGAUACAUGUCGACGGCGCCUUCGGUCUCUUUGGUCGGAUCCUGUCUUCUUCUGUUCACUCUUCCAUCAUCCAAGCUUGCACUGGCUUAGAGCUAGCAGAUUCGAUAACAGGCGACGGACACAAACUUCUCAAUGUGCCUUACGAUUGUGGCUUCUUUCUCUCCAGGCACCGUAACAUUGCUCAACAUGUGUUUCAAAAUCCCAAUGCCGCCUACCUUGCCUCAGGCAAUAGUGCUGAUUCUAUCAUGUCGCCAUUGAAUGUUGGUCUGGAAAACUCAAGACGAUUCAGAGCUCUCCCAGUUUAUGCUAGUUUAGUUGCGUAUGGCAGAGAUGGUUAUCGGGACAUGCUGGAACGACAGAUUCGACUGUCACGCGGAAUCGCGGAGCACAUUCUGGAAAGUAAGGAUUACGAACUAUUGCCUCGCAGCGACGCGUCUAGGGAAGACCUGUUGAGUGGCAUUUACAUCAUCGUACUCUUCCGCGCGAGGGAUGAAGAGCUCAACAAGCAGCUUGUUGACAGAAUCAAGGCAACGCGAAAGAUCUACGUAUCAGGCACUUCAUGGGAAGGAAAGCCAGCAUGCAGAUUCGCUGUAUCGAACUGGAUGACAGAUGUAAUCCGAGAUUUACCAAUAGUCAAACAAGUCUUGCGGGAUGUUGCGUUGGAAAAGAAUGGUAGAUAG